AUGUUUCCUCAUAAGCACAGUUUUCCGUUUCCAUUCCCGAUUCCUGGAUGGGACCCAGACACUAACCCCUGGGAUGAAUCCCUGUAUCCACCGUUCAAGUCGGCGGAGCUUACGCGUAGGCAUGGUAACCCUCCCAGAGUUCGCCUCACGAGCGAUAGCCCAGCGAUGAGCGGCUCGUGCAUCACCUUCACAGCCGCGCUCGAGUACCCGAAGUGCCAGAGAGAAGAUGCCAGCGGAAAUCUUGUGUAUGACGAACACUGUGACGACGGUAUGGAGGCCUCAGCCAAUGGACAAGUGCGGUCUGGAUACGUCUAUAACUGGACCUCAUGGCUGGAUGACUACGGCUUUGGGAAGUGCGCGGAUCUGAAGCGUUGUAACGUGUUUCCCGAUGGAAAACCGUUUCCACAGAGCAACGACUGGAGGCGCAGAGGUUACGUCUAUGUGUGGCACGCGAUGGGGCAGUAUUUUGAGACGUGCGAUGGUUCAUCAUCCAGUAUAACUCUGAACACUACCAAUAUGACCUUUGGUGCUGGUGUGAUGGAGGUCAUGGUCUACAGGAAACGAGAACGCAGAAAGUAUAGUCCUCUGUCUACUGACAGCACUGUUUUUUUCGUUACAGAUAAAAUUCCACUGGCCGUGAAUAUAUCUCAGAAAGAGGCAGUAAACAUUACUGCCAAAAACACUUUCAUGAAGAAUUUCGACAUCAUCUUUAAUGUCCAGGUUCACGACCCCAGUAACUACCUGAAAACCGCUGCAGCUAUUGACUUUAUCUGGGACUUCCAUGAUGGGAAUCAACUCAUCACCCACAGCAAUGUAGCAACUCAUGCCUACAGCACUCUUGGCAAUAUUACCAUCAAGCUAAUAGUGGAGGCAACGUUCCGUAUUCCCUGUCCUCCACCAACUCCUACACCCAUGCACUUUACACAACCACACACCACAGCAGCAGCCACACUCCCUCCUGGUACUCAUGCCAUCACUAGCAAAAUAGAGACAACGCCCAAAGCGGUGAGUCAAACACCGUAUACCACUGCGCCACCUACUACACCCAUCAAAACAACUGACUUAACCACAGAACCCCUCCAGACAGACACCAUGCUGCCCCCUACUGGCACAGCAGCCACUGUUCCCGAGGCCAACUCCACCCAUGCUGAGCUAACAGCUCCACCCAUGACCAAACACAAACAUCUGACAGGCAACGAGUGUUUCCGCUACAUGUAUGGAAACUUUGAAGACCAAAUUAUUAUCAUUGAACCCCCAGCCAGCCUGCACAAAGUGGCAGCCAGUCGGAUUGUCGAGGUGUCAGCAGCCAAACUGACCAACGCCACGGUGAAUUUCCUAGUUACUUGCUUAGGCAGUGUGCCAACCUCAGCCUGCACUGUCGUGUCAGAUGUCACGUGCCAGCAGGUGAAGGACAUCAUGUGUGAUGAUGUGAUCCCUCCCGCCAGCGGCUGCCAGGUCAGUCUUCAGCGCACCUUCCGUGAGCCUGGCACCUACUGCGUCAACAUCACUCUGGCUGGCCUUAGAGGACUUAUGCUUGCUACCACAACUGUGACCAUCGGCAAUAACUCUAACAAAGGAGUGUCAGAUUCCCGAGCCGCUGAGGUGGUCCUGUCCUCCAGUGCGGUGUUGGUUGUCGUCUUUGCAUGCAUUGCCUUUAUGGUGUAUAAACGGUAUAAAGUCUAUCAGCCCGUGAGACGCACACUGUUGGAGGACACCGAGGGCAUUAGCAGUGGAGGUCGCCUGAGCAGGCUAAGAGCAGUGCUGUUCCCAGUCAAUGAGGAAAGAAGCCAUCUGCUGACGGAGAGGCACCGCCUGUAG